GCGGCAGAAGGGUGCUCGACUCGUAACUGACAGUUCACUUCAUUUAGUCCACGUGCUUUGCGGGCUAUGAACUCUCUGUAGUAGUGCUUUCCUCGCGAUCUUUCAACAUGUCAGACCACGAGUUAACCGAAGACGACCACGAAAUCAACGUUCUGGACACUGACUCGCGGUUGUCGCAUAGUGAUAGUGAAGCACGGAGUUCCCGAAGUCGUUGCAGUAGUCCCGAAAACGUCACGACCCCCCACGGAUCCUCCAGCACUCUCCCCUUCAGUAUAUCCAAUCUAUUAGGUAAAAACUUUGAACACAAACAGGACAAUGAAUCAGAGACUCUGUAUCAGAAUCCCGCGGGAAUCUUUCAACAUAGAAGUGCUCUUGGGUUGGUUCCGACGGGGUUUUACGGGCAGGGUGUUUUGAGGGUGCCGGCACAUAGGCCUUUAGGGGGACCAGCGAGUCCUCCGGGGCCCAUGUUCAGUCCUUGGUCGCUGGGGUUGGAUCCGGUUCUACAGAGGUCUGCUGCUGCGGCGGCUUUUGCGACGCAAGUUGUUAAAGAUAGACUAGCUGCCACCUUUCCCAUGACAAGGAGGAUAGGCCACCCUUAUCAGAAUAGGACGCCGCCCAAAAGAAAGAAACCCCGAACCUCCUUCACGAGACUACAGAUAGCAGAAUUAGAAAAAAGGUUUCACAAACAAAAAUAUCUAGCGUCAGCGGAGAGGGCGGCCUUAGCGAAAACCUUGAAGAUGACCGAUGCUCAAGUCAAAACGUGGUUCCAGAACAGGAGGACGAAAUGGAGACGACAGACGGCAGAAGAACGCGAAGCCGAGCGACAAGCGGCAAACAGACUGAUGCUUUCGCUUCAAGCUGAAGCUCUAUCGAAGGGCUACAUGAGCGAAGGACCACCCCCUCAGCCCGGUCCUGGAGACACGGCGCUCAGCGCCUUGCAGAAUCUCCAACCGUGGGCCGGACCCUACUCUGCUCCCCAACCAGCUUUAGCGGAAUCUAUGUGUUAAAAAAGACUGUGGGUAAAUACGAAAAGUGCAAUAGUGCGAAUUUUUAUGUAUAUAUGGGUUGAAUUGUAGGCAGAAUUAUUUGUAUUGAGCAAUUCAGAAAAUAAGUCAUUACAAAAGAAUCCUGAGAGCUUAUAUCUAAAAGUGAAAAAUUAUUUAACUCCUGUUUUAAUUGAUAUAAUUUUUUAAUUAGAAAUUAAAAUUUAAAAAUCCGAAGGGUUUACAUAAGAACUGUUUAGAACGAACGUUUUGGGACCUUCCACCUUCAGUGAACUUUUUUACUUGCUAAAUAGCCCCAGAACCAAACAGUGGUCGGAUUUGAUUUAAAAGUUACAUUAUAAAAUUGUAAAAAUAAAACAAAUUA